AUGCAGGAUCUGAUGGUGACGGAGUUCGUGCUGAGGAGUUCUGCCAUCGUCCCAUCCCAGGUGCACCGCAUCUGCGAGUGCUUCCCAAAUUUGACGGUUCUCAGGCUCCGGAACAAUCCUAAAAAGACAAACCAGCUAUAUGAUCCCUCCGACUUUGAACAGAACUCUGAACAGAACUCUGAACAGAACUCUGAAGAGGACCCUGAAAAGGACCCUGAACAGGUCAAACUUGGUCAGCGAAAUCUAAGCCGCGGCCUCGCCAGGCUGACAACGCUCGCCAAGCUGGAACUGCAGCUAGAUUACCCCAAGCCAGAGGCCUCGAAACAAAUCAACUUUCCCGUGCACCUGGGCCCCUACGGCGGCAUCACCAGCCUCCGUGGGUUACACAAUCUCAGGGAUCUGACGAUCGGCAUGCACCAUCUGAUGCGCUUCCGUGGUCCGCGCGGCGAGUUCCAGGCGCAGCCGCUCCCACCCACGGUCCUGCCAGACCGUCUCGUGAACCUGCGGCUCUACACGUGCCUCAGCUGCUGGAACAACAAGCUCCGCCACUUCAAAAAAGACUUGCCCAGCGACCCUGCGUAUGCGGGUCAGUCGACGCUCGACUUCGUGAAAUCCCUCGCGGAGAUGUUGUCACUCAGCAGCAACCUCAGGAGCCUCGAAGCCGUCAGUGUCUACUCCCAGACGGCUUGGUGGCUCAGCUUCGGCGUCGAUUACCGGACAGUAAAGCACGACGAGGAAGAGGUUGGCCAGACCUGGAACGCGGGCGGGUUCGAGGAGUACUGCGGCAUCUCUCGCUUUGAGACUGGCGGGCGGGAGAUCCACUUCCGCGCGUACGAGACCGACGACCUUGAUUGUGGCCGGGACCAUCCUUAUGAUGAGGUUUGA